CCCUCGACACGUUGUUAAAAUCGAUACGCACUUUUUAGUCCGUAUUCAAUAUGUAAAUCAAAACAUUACAUUAAUUAAAAUUUAAUACAAUGAAGGGGCACAGUAACGACAUUUCUAUGGCAAUAACAACUCGCCUUAUGAAGUUUUCUGGCGUUUGGAUGGCAGCUAAUAAUCAUGAGCAACGACGCAGAAAUAUCGUUCUGAUUUACACAAUUAGUGGGAUGCUACUUCUCAGUUGGGAACUAUGCUUAGACAUUUACUACUCCUGUAGCGAUUUUACUGAAUGUCUUUACGUCUCGGUCAACUUUUUAAGCUUGAUGCUGCCUACCAUCAAGCUACUUAUUGUGCUUGCACAUAAAAAGGAUUUCUUCGAAUUAAUUCGAUACAUGCAAGAGAAAUUCUUCCAUGGGACUUACGACAUUCAGGAGAAGACACUUAUGAACUCAUGCAAAAGCGUCUGUGCAUUCUAUAUUUGCACCUUCACUUGGUGUGCGCAUUCGACGGUAUUUAGCUACGUUGUAAGUCCCAUCAUAGCUAAUAUUGAAAGAAACGGAACAGACAGAUUACUUCCGUUUAGGAUGUGGAUGGAUAUAUUCUACGUCACACCUUACUUUGAGAUAACGUUUGUAGUGCAGGUAAUGAGUACCGCAGUGUCAUACUUCACACUAUUGAAGCAGCGAACCUCAGAAACGACCUAAGUGUGUCCACGUGUUAUCCAAUCCGUACAUGCAUAGAUUUCUGAUUAAAAUAAUGUGAAUUAUUUACAUUUGUUACAUACAUGAAUAAAAGAAUAUU